GCUUGUCACAAAUUUUGAUUGUUGCAUUUUUCAGAUUGUUUUUACAAUGAACUAUAAUUAACUUUAUGAUUAAUUGCACGACUCAUGACGAAGAAGUUGAAAAUCGUGAUUGUGACAUAUGUUAAAAAUUAGUUAAUAUCAAAUGUGCACAUUGAUUUUAUAUAAUGUUUUAUAACUAUGUGAAUUUUUUAAAUAAAUUUUAAUUAAAACAUGGGUUGUUGGGAAAAUAAAACAUAUCCAUGCGCAGAACCCUCUGCUGCAAAAUUUUGUACGGAUAUUUUUUGGUUAUGUUUAUAUGUUUUGUUUUGGUGUUUAAUGAUAAUAAUUGCCGCAUUUGCUUUAGUAUAUGGAAAUCCAUUAAGGUUAAUGAAUGGUUAUGAUUCAUUUGGAAAUACUUGUGGUCAAUUAAAUAAUUUAAAACUGUCAGGAUCUUCCCUAUCUGGAAUAUCAACUAUUAAUAAGCCUUAUUUGUUUUAUUUGGAUCUUUUACAUUUUGACAAAACUCUGAAAAUUUGUGUAGAAAAAUGCCCUGAUCGUUUAAUUGAGAAUGUAUAUGAUUUGAUAUCAUUUUACGAAGAUACAAAUUCAAAUUUAUGUCGAUAUGAUUUCAACAUUAGUGCGUUGACUAAUGAUACAGUUAUAAAUUUUGGAGACAAUGAACAUGCCAUGCAGUUAGACAACAUUUUUAAUGUGUUCGGCCCAUGUCCAAAUUUUCCUAUUUAUGAAAGUGAGCCUGUGUUACAUAGAUGUGUGCCAACUUCUAAAUAUGCGACUGAACAAAUGAUGGGAUAUGCUUACUCGGGUACACUUAACAAUUGGGCUUUAACUGAACACUUACUAGGGGAUUUGUACACAACAUGGCAUUAUUUAUUGGGAUGUGUUAUUUUAGCACUUGUUUUAUCUUUGAUCAUUAUUAGUAUACUGCAUGUAUUAACUUCCGUUAUGUCUUGGUUCAUAUUAAUACUGUUUGCUGCUUCGUGUGUGGCUGCUUCAUUAGUGCUGUGGUCUACCUAUUUUAAAAUUAAGUUUAAUUUAGAUACAAUUCCCAAAUUUCAAUUGCUCUUGGAAAAUAUUCAAAAUGAAAUAGCAAUCCUAGUGCUUGCAAUAAUGGCAUCUUUAAUUACAAUAAUGGUAUUUAUAAUAAUAUGGAAUUUGAAAGAAAAAUUAAAUGCGUUAUUGACAGUGUUCAAGGAAACAGCCCUAUGUCUCUCAUCGUUACCAACUCUCUUUGGACCUUUAAUUUUGGCUUGUCUUAUUUUGAUUGGAUUUUUAACAUUUUGGGUUGCUGUUGUUGUUUGCUUGGCCACUGCAAAUUAUCCUGGAAUUAAGCCAUUGCUUACAAUUAACAAAAAUAUGAUGAUGGGUCAUACCAAAAUUAAUAAAUCCGAUACUAUGUUUAAUUUUCCAUAUAAUUAUAAUACCACAUACAUACUUGUAGAAUAUAUAAAGACUGAAUGGUUACAUUAUAUGUGGUGGGUUUAUCUUUUUGGUUUAAUUUGGACAUCAGAAUUUAUACUUGCUUGUCUAAAUAUGACAAUAGCUGGAACUGUUGCCUUUUGGUAUUUCAGAAUGCCAAAUUCGCGACAGUCUCCAGUUUUAUAUACCAUUUCCAAAGUAGUUAAGUAUCAUUUGGGCUCCGUAGCUUUGGGUUCUCUGCUCAUUGUCACAUUCAAGAUUCCUCGUUUAAUUCUAACAUAUUUGUAUACAAAGCUAAAACAAAAUGAAGCAUCUUCAAAAUGUGCAAGUUGCUGUUUGAAAUGUGCAGUAUGCUAUUUUUGGGCAUUAGAGAAAUUUAUUAGAUUUUUGAAUACGAAUGCAUACACUGUUGUAGUUAUAGAGACUGUCGAUUUCUGUGCAGCAUCAACAAUAGCAUGGAAUGCUUUAAUGUCUAAUACAAUUCAAGUUGCAAAUAUGAAUUGUUUGGGGAACUUGAUGUUAUUUAUAGCAAAAAUUGCAGUUACCGCAAUAUGUGGAAUGGUUGGACUGCUUUUGCUUAGUCAACGGGAUGAUAUUCAUUUAUAUGCAAUACCAGUUCUAGUAAUAGCAGUGUUUGCAUUUUUAAUUGCCCAUUGUGUUAUUUCUUUGUACGAGACUAUAAUGGAUACACUGUUUCUAUGUGUGUGUGAGGAUCGUAUCAUCAAUGGUGAUCGAGGUCGAUGGAAAGACAGUGCCUUGGCAGAACUGGUGGAUGGGCUACCGCCAGCUUGGUCACCUACCUCUGGAGAGCUAUUGGAACUAAAUUCUUUCAGCAAAUGAACUAUAAUUAUCAGUAUUACAAAUGCAUUCC